AUGCCACUAAUGUACACCGUUAGCGACAGCGGUGACUGUGAAACAGCAAUCGCUGCACGACUUGAACAGCGCUACGACGAGUUCCUACAGUCAGCAGGUCAAGUGCUGGUACUCACGCAAGCAGGACGCGGAGUGGAAACCUCCCCGGACGCUUUGGCUCGAUCGCUGGCUGCGCUCGAGCAGUCGGCCGAGCAUUUCGCCAGAGCCGCGCAGGCGCUCGCCACUGACGAGGACAACCUUCGUUGCCUAGCACUGCCUACACUGGAGGCGCAAGUGAAGCAACUUCGGGAACAAUACGCGGAGGAAAAGAAGGCGCUCAGCGUUGCUGAGUCGCAGUUAGCUAGCGAGCGAGAGCUGCGGGCUUUGUGUGUCGAGAUCGAGCGACUACCAAAUUGUUCCGAGUUGGAGUUGGAGAUCUGCGAGCGACGUGCCGAACUGGAGUCCAUCAGCAGCCAACGGCUCGAGCAGCAAGAGCAACUCGCCGAACUUCGAGCGACUUUGAACGCGCUGCAGCAGAGCGUUGCGACCAUGGGCACGGUGCUCGGUAUCAUGAACGAACAGAAACAUGAGGCCAGCGCCGAGACGCCGAAUGCCGCCUUCGAGGCACCAAACGUGGGUGCAGGGAGCGUCAGCUCAAGAGAAGCGUACCACUGA